GAGGAGAAGCCUCGAGCUCGGGGGCGGCCAGCUGCCCAUCCAGCUCGUCGUAGGCCAAGUGGACGUGAACAGCCCGCUGGGGAGGAGAUGGCAGGUCGACCUGUUCGAGAGGGACAGUCCCGAAAAUGUGGUUGCCUCGCUCGGGGUGGUCAUCCGCCUGACGACCGCGAAGCUGGGCGACAUGGGCGGCGCCAGGGCGCUGAAGCUGCUGCAGGUCCCGCAGAGGCCCGUUCUAGACGACUCCGUCUUCACGUUCAAGAAGGACAUGGAGAAUUGCACCGCUUAUUCAACGCAGGUGCUCAUGGCCAAGCAGUACCUGGCGGAGGCCAACAAGAUAGUGACCCGGGGGGUGCUGCAGGCGCGCCUCAGAGGCGGCCAGCACAUCCCGGGCACCGAGACCCCAGCGACCACCGCUGGCGACGACGCCCUGUCGGAGGACGACUUCGACCUCUUCGACGAGCCGCCCGAGG